GCCCGGACGGUGCUUCAUCGACAUCGACCGGCGAUUCGCGUUCCUUACGCCUACCACCAUCGUGCCCCGCGAGCGAGCCUUAUUUCCUUCUGAUUUUUCCCGCGUCAGUUUCUCGAUUCAGUUACGCACGCCGAACCGGCGCGUACGCAAACACUGUACGGACGUUCGCGUAGGCAGACCGCAAAACGCCGCCGUUCGCGAAGGUGCGCACGAUUUCAGGCUAAUAAACCGGCGAAUUGGCACACGGGAUUAACAGGAACGUGAGUCGCUGUGGGAACUUGGUCGAUCGACCGUCACCUGCGAGCGAGUUAUUCAUCGGGAUCGCGCGGAUCACGUCCUCAGGAUCGUGGCAGUCCCUGGAGGAUCAUCGCGGCAGCGACGCAAGUCUCGACUCGGAGGACCUCGGCCGGGCAAACCGGCGCGCCGAAAAUCAACCACAUUUGCAAGUUCGACGGAGACAAGAUGUCGGGUAUCAUGGAGUGGUACAAAGAUCUGAUGGGCAACCGACACGAUCCGAGGACGAAAGAAUGGUUCCUGCUGUCGGGUCCUGGUCCGAUCCUGACCAUCGUGGUGACUUACAUAUAUUUUUGCGUCUCCGCCGGGCCGCGAUACAUGAAGGAUAAGAAGCCGUACAACCUGAGAAACACCAUGAUAGUUUACAAUUUUAUACAGGUUCUGCUGAGUCUUUAUCUGGUCUACGAAGGCUUGGUGGCUGGCUGGCUGUACGACUACAAUUUCACCUGCCAACCGGUGGACUAUUCGUACAACCCUAAUCCAGUCCGAAUGGCCCGCGCCGUUUACACGUACUUCAUAUGCAAGCUGAUCGAGCUGCUGGACACUGUGUUCUUCGUGCUGCGCAAGAAGAAUCGGCAGAUCUCGUUCCUGCACCUCUACCACCACUCGUUGAUGCCGAUCUGCGCCUGGAUCGGCGCCAAAUUCUUCGCCGGCGGCCACCCGACCCUCCUCGGCGUCAUCAACUCCUUCAUCCACGUGUUCAUGUACGCGUACUACAUGCUGGCGGCGUGCGGGCCACACAUGAACAAGUACCUUUGGUGGAAGCGGCACCUCACCACCAUGCAGAUCGUGCAAUUCGGCAUAAUAUUCCUGCACAACCUGCAGAUGCUCUUCACCAGCUGCAACUUCCCGAAGCCGCUGUCGUUUCUUCUCAUGCUCAACGCCGGCAUAUUCAUCUACAUGUUCGGCUCGUUCUACACGAACAAUUACGGGAAGCCGAGCAAGCAACGCGAACCAAAGGCGAACGGCUGCGCGACAGUCUCAAACGGCGCCGCCGCGCUCACCGAGUAUUACAUGUAUAGUUUGAACGACGCACAUUGCGGCAAGUCCGACUAAUGGACUCGCCGUCUUCUAGGUCCUCUUAUUCGCGGGACAGGUGAACAUUCGCGCGAGUAGAGAUAAAUAGGUAGGGAGAGUGAGAGAGAGAGAGAGAGAGAGAGAGAGAGAGAGAGAGAGAGAGAGAGAGAGAGAGAGAGAGGAAAAAAGAAGAGGAGGAUGAUGAAGAGAAACACUUCCGGCGGUCUUAUCGGGGGAUGGGUUGGCACGCAAUAGGUCCUAGCACGUAGACGUAAAAUACAAAAGAGGAAACGAAGAAAAAUAGCGCCGUGUGCAAGAUAACGCGACGUUCUGGCGACUUCUCUCGGCGUUUAUUCCGCCGAUAUUUCUGCAACGUGAGUUACGAAAGUAGGUUAGCGCAUACCGGUAGGAAAAGGUAGAAGGAUAGUUUCGGCUUGUGUUCGCGCUUGUCGCGCGUGAGCGCGCGUAUAAUCCCUGGCCGGCGCUCUUACACGCUCGUGCGAUCCGCGUGCGUAUGCGCGCGCGCGCAUGCGAGCAGCACGAUUAUCAGUUCGUCGCGCGGAAUGAUCAGCGUGAGACGAAACGAGCGGCCGGAGGAGCGCGCUCGAGACAAGACGUCGCGGACAAGCCGGACGCGAUUGUCGGCGGUACAAUGCGCGACCGUUAAUAAUUACACUGCAUCGCGUGAUCGGUCUUAUCCCGCGCGACGGAGAGCGAGAGUAUUCUUCAGGGUUAUCUCCUGAGGUAUUCGAGCGGGAAACUGCCGCGCCGUUCAUCUCUCCUUCGCGUCGGCCCGCCGUCGUGCCUAGUUGCUGUCUCGCGCGAAGUUGCGCUGAUGAAGCUAGUCCCCGCGCUUGCGCAACGCGACUCAGCUACGAUGAAGCUAGGGUUGCCGGGUUUGCAAGUUAGUAAGGAGAGACCAUAGACUUCUAUAUAUAACAGUGUUCUUCAAUCUUUUUUAUCUCACGGCACACUUGAACCUAUAGUUAAACUUCUGCGACACACUUAAAUUAUAAUGAUCAAAAAGGAAUAUAAAAAAGAAUAUACCUUUUUUUAUUUAUUUAUUAAGACAAACCAAAUGCACCGUCACGGCCAAAAAAUGAAACAAAACAAUUUAUUAUAAUUUGUAAUAAAGGCUACACCCCACCCAAUUUAGAAAUAAGCCGGUGUUUAUUUAACGAUGAUUCGUAUAAUUAAUUUAAAGAGGUUUUAAUUUUGACAUAUAUACUUACUGUGCUUUGAACUGCUUUCGAAAAUAAUUUAACUAAUGAUCUUUGAAAAUUUUCGCGGCGCACCUUAAAUCCUCUCACGAUACGCCGGUUGAAAAACGCUGAUAUAUAAGCUAGACUGAGAACUUCAUUGGUUUUCACGUAUAAAAGUGACCCUUAUGUAAAACAUAAAAUCGUGCGCACAUACGCAUUGCAAGAUUCCGUUAGUACUUUAUAUAGGAAUGUAACUGCACCGUAUAAGCAUUUUUACUUUAGAAGAAGUACUCUAUAUAUUGAAUGCGAACAUUGAAUGUGACAUUGCAAGAGGAAAUAUUAAAUAUUGGAUAAAUAUUAACAUCUUCCGAAGUGAAAAUGCCUGUACGGUGUAGUUAUAUUCCUUUCGGGACCUUGCAAUGCGCAUGCGCGAAAUUUUAAUACAUACUUUUAGGAGACAUGUUAAAGAGACCAGUUAUCGGUCUAGUGUAUAAUAUAGAAGUCUGUGGGAGAGACGGCUAGAAUUUUGAUGAGCGGAAAAAAGAGAAGAUCGUCGGAAUGCGUCCGUCAGCUUUCCGCGCGUCGAUUUUCAACUACGUAUAUUAUACAUUUUAUAUGUGUAUUUUACAGGUGUAUUUUACAGGUGUAUUAUUGACAAAAUUCAUUUUUUGGAAGACGGUGGUAUAUUGUUGGUAAAAUUUAUUUAUAUUUCAUAUGUGUAUUAUUGACAAAAGUUUGUUCUAAAGUAACUAUAUAUGUUAGUAACACCUUAGGGUAAAUUAUUGGCAGGACUUAAGAAUUUUCGUUAGAAAGGACAAUCCUUCCCAAAGGACACCCGGCAACCCUGGUGAGGCCACAAACGCGCCGGCUGUCACGAUUGGCAGUUCUUAGUGACAGGCAGUCAUCUGCUGGGCCUCGUUGUAGUCUGACCUAACCCGACGCAAAAUAGAAGAACGUAACCCUCAUCGGACGUUAGCGUUAAUCUGACCUUUUUUGAAAUUCAUUUGACUGAAAACAAUCCGACUAAUUUCAUUUUUCGGUUUCAUCUUUUGGUUACCUUGUUCAAAUUUUACAAGCUUCAAUUAGCGUAUCGAUUUAUUUGCAGCAAUCAAGUUUACUCUGACAUCGAAUUUGAGCUUCGGAAUGAACAUCCUAUGAGGGUUCGAAACACUCAGACUUUUUCCUCGAACCUUGUCUUCGAUCCCGUCGUGAUCGAUUACCGCGCGAGCCCGCCACCGGCGCACAGUGUUGUGAUACAGGAAAUUGAUGUUCAAAAAAGUCUACAGCAUUCAAUUUUCAACCGAUUGGGGCGAUUUUUUUUUUAAACGAAGGUGAGAAGAUUAUCUACAAUUUUACCGAGCGAUAUUUUUGAUAUCAGGAAUCCUAAAUCCUUAAUAGACAAAGUAUGAAAUAUUGAUACAUUUUCAGAAGAUGAUUUUUUCUACUUCUGUCAACGCGCAAACCAUUAUAAUUACCAAACUAUAAAUCCAUGGAUUGUAAAUCUUUUACUACUCAUAAACUUUAAACCUGCAGAGCAAGCUGCAAGCUGCAGAAGCAAGAAACAAGGAAAUUCGAAGAUUCACACAGUUCACGGGAAAUUUCCCAAGUAGCAACGAAUGAAGAUUUAAUGCAUAAGCUAUUGAUUUCUUCGGAUUUAUAUAUCGCAAGUGUAAGAAGACAUUGGGAGAAAACCAAUACCAUAAUUUGGCAAUUAUAAUGGUUUGCGCGUUGACAGAAGUAGAAAAAAUCAUCUUUUGAAACUGUACCAAUAUUUCAUACUUUGUCUAUUAAGUAUUGUUUCUAUUAAGGUUAGGACUCCUGAUAUCGAAAAUAGCGCUCAGUAGAAUUGUAGGUAAUCUUCUCACCUUCAUU